AUGGACGACAAGCAAGAGCCAAUUGCCAUUGUCGGUGCUGCCUGUCGACUGCCGGGCCAGGCCUCGUCGUUGGGCAGCCUGUGGGACAUGAUCAGCAAUGUCCGCACUGGCCACGGCAAAGUUCCCGCGGACCGCUGGGAUGGAGACAUCUGGAACCACCCAGAUCCCGACAGGAAAGGCGGGAUCGCGGUCAAGCAUGGAUACUUUCUGCAGCAGGACAUCAGCCACUUCGAUGCGCCUUUCUUCUCGACCACGGCCAAGGAGGCUGCGGCAAUGGACCCCAUGAAGAGGUUACUGCUUGAAGUCAGCUACGAGAGCAUUGAGAAUGCGGGCAUUCCGGUGGAAUCGCUGAUGAACUCGCAAACGGGGUGCUACGUUGGGUGCAUGACCAACGACUACGAAAUGAUGUCUCUGCACGACAUCUACGACAUCGGCCACAACGCGGCAUCGGCCACGAGCGAGGCCAUGACGGCAAAUCGCGUGUCUUGGUUCUUUGGCUUGCGGGGGCCCAGCUUGACGCUCGACACGGCUUGCUCGUCCAGUUUGUACGCACUGCACCUGGCAUGCCAGUCGCUGAAGCUGGGCGAAACGAACAUGUCACUCGUGGCCGGAGUCAACCUGAUCCUGAACCCAAACACCAUGCACCAGCUCUCGGCCAUGCACAUGCUGAGCCCGGAGGGUAUCUCGCACGCCUUCGAUGACCGGGCCAACGGCUACGGACGCGGCGAGGGCAUUGGAUGCAUCGUGGUCAAGCGUCUGUCGGACGCGCUGCGCGACGGCGACACGAUCCGCGCCGUCAUCCGCAACACGGGGGCCAAUGCGGACGGCAAGACGCCCAGCAUCACGUCGCCCAGCGCCGAGGCUCAGGCGGAGCUGAUCAGACGGACGUACGAGGCGGCGGGGCUCGAGCAGACGUCGACGCAGUACUUUGAGUGCCACGGCACCGGCACACCGGUCGGCGAUCCCCUUGAACUCGAAGCCAUCGCAAAGACUCUGGGCGCGAGCAGAGCGGCGGCCGGCCUUGGCCCGCUGUACAUCGGCAGCAUCAAGCCCAACGUCGGACACACAGAGGGCUGCUCGGGUCUGGCGGGCGUGCUCAAGGCGGUGGCGUGCCUGGAGAACGGCAUGCUGGCGCCGACGUACGACGUGCAGACGGUCAACCCCAAGCUGAAGCUCUCCGAGUGGAACCUGUCACUGCCGUCGCAGACGAUGAAGUGGCCAACGCGCGGGCAGCGCCGCAUCAGCGUCAACUCGUUCGGCUUCGGCGGCGCCAACGCCCACGCCAUCCUCGACGACGCCCACCACUACCUGACGGAGCGCGGGCUCAUCGGCAACCACAACACGAAGGUCUUGGACGACGGCGAUGGGUCCGAGUCGGGCAUCAGCCUUGGCUCGAGCACGCCGCCGGACACGCCCCCGCAGAAGCGGCUCUUCGUCUUCAGCACAAAAGACCAGGCCGGCAUCCAGCGCCUGGCCAGCGCCUACGCCGAUGCGCUGGACGGCGCCCCCGACAAGACGGACCCGCACUAUCUGGAGAACCUCGCCCACACGCUCGCGGCACGGCGGUCGGCGCUGGACUUCCGCAGCUUCGCCGUGGCGUCGUCGGUUGCAGAACUGCGCACGAAGCUGUCGACGGCGGGCGGGCUGCCCAAGCUCAAGCGCGCGCUGCGCCAGGACAGCAGCCUCGUCUUCGUCUUCACCGGCCAGGGUGCGCAGUGGCCGGCCAUGGGGCGCGAGCUGCUCGCCAACGACGUGUUCCGCGCCAGUGUCGAAGAGUCGCAGGCAUACCUGAAGGCGCUGGGGUGCGAGUGGAAUGCCAUCGAGGAGCUGGAGAAGACGGCCGACACGGGCUCGCGCGUGCACCUGCCCGAGUUCAGCCAGACGCUGUGCACCGUGCUGCAGGUGGCGCUGGUGCAGCUGCUGCGGUCGUGGAAACUGGCGCCGAGCGCGACCGUGGGCCACUCGAGUGGUGAGAUAGCUGCCGCCUACGCCGCCGGCCUCGUCUCGCACGCCAACGCAGUCAAGAUUGCAUACACUCGCGGCCUCAGCUCGGCCAGCGUCACGCGCAAGGGCGCCAUGCUGGCGGCUGGCCUCUCUCGCGACGAGGCGCGCGAGUAUCUGGCCAAGGUGCCAGCCGACUCGGCCGUGGUGGCUUGCGUGAACAGCCCGUCGAGCGUGACGCUCUCAGGCGACGUCGACGCCAUCAACACGCUCGAGGGCCUCAUUUCUAGCGACGGCAAGUUCGCACGCAAGCUCAAGGUCACGACGGCCUACCACUCGCCCCACAUGCGCGAAGUGUCGGACGCCUACGUCGCCCGGCUGGGAACGCUCUCGCCGCCGCCCCAGUCCGACGUCGACGGCGCCAACACGGUCAUGUUCUCGUCCCUCACUGGCGAACCCGUGUCGUCGGCCGCCCAGCUCGACGCCCGCUACUGGUCCGCCAACAUGUGCAACCCGGUCGAGUUCUCGGCUGCCGUGUCUGCUCUGCUCGCCCGCCGCCGCACCAACUACGGCGGCUUCGUCGAGGUUGGCCCGCACGCCGCCCUCCAGGGCCCAGUGCAGCAGAUCGUGGCCGCCAGUGCAAACAAGGCCGCACGCGAGGCCGUCUACACGUCGCUGGUCUCGCGCGGCAAGGACGGCAUCGACACGGCGCUCGCAGCCGCCGGCCAGCUGUGGGCCCUGGGCCAGCGCGUCGACCUCGCUAUCGUCAACGGCGUGCCUUCAUCGCAAGGCUCGCUGCUGGGGGCGCCUCCCAAGGCCCUGGCUGACCUUCCUACGUACCCAUGGAGCCAUUCCAAGGGCUACUGGCACGAGUCGUACCUCAUGCGCGCCACGCGCUACCCGCUGGGCCCACGGACUGAUCUCCUGGGCGUGCCCGAGCCGCUGCAGAACCCGCUCGAGCCGCGGUGGAGGAACCACCUGCGCGUGUCGGAGAACCCCUGGAUCGAAGACCACAAGAUCACGGGCACCAUCCUGUACCCGGCCGCCGGCAUGCUGGUCAUGGCCCUGGAGGGCGCCCUGCAGACCGUCACCGACGCAGCCGACAAGGAGAAGGUGCGCGGGUUCCGUUUCCGCAAUGUCGGCUUCGAGCGUGGCCUGGUGGUGCCGUCGGGCGACGAUUCGGCCGUCGAGACUCGGCUGAGCCUGCUGCCGCUCGACGGCAAGCCCCCUGGUCACUUCCGCUUCGUCGUCUUCUCCACCACCACCGGCACCUCGUGGACCAAGCACUGCAGCGGCACCGUCGCCCUCGAGCUCGCCCCGGCCGCUGCCAGCGCCGUCGAAGAUGCCUCGUCCGCCGACCCAGCAUGGGCUGCCCAGUCGGCCACGUACAAGCAGCUGCACGGCGCCACCAGCGAGGACGUCGACGUCGAUGACUUCUACGCCCACCUCGACCGCAUCGGCAUGGAGUACGGCGACACGUUCCGCAACGUCGUCACCCUGUCCGCCAUUCCCGCCCAGCACGCCGCCCACGCCCGCGUCGUCCUGCCCGACACCAAGCAGACCAUGCCCGCCGACGGCUUCGAGUUCCCCCACGUCAUGCACCCGGCCACCAUGGACUCCAUCUUCCACAUGCUGCUGGCCGCCCUGGACGAGGGCCGCCCCGUGCAGGAGGCCGCCGUGCCCUACAGCAUCGACGACAUGUUCGUUGCCGCCCAACAGCCGCACACCCCCGGCGACAUCUUCACCGGCUACGGAAAGCUCGUGUCCAAGAGCGGCGAUGGCCACGAGCUCGUCGGCGACUUGGUCGUGUCGGAUGAGGCGUGGUCCGCCCCCAAGCUGACGGUCAAGGGCUUUGCUCUGCGCCAGGUCACUUCGGGCGACGCCGCCAGUGGCGAUGCCGCGGCCGACGAGGCGACCAAGUGCGCCGAGCUGGUGUGGGAGCAGGACGUCGACUUUUCCAACGCCACCGACAGCGAAGAGCCGCUGCCACGCUGGCUGGCCCGUCUCACCCACAAGACGGCUGUGCGUGAGGUCCUGCUUGCUGUUCUCAACGACGCGACCCCGGCUGCCGUCUCGGACGCCGUCCGCGAUGCCGCCAGGUUCGCCGAGACCGUGUCUGCGGUGGCUACUUCUGCCAACGCCGUCGACACUCUCAGCUUGCAGCUACCGGCGUCUGCUCCGGCACCGCGCCUGUGGGACGUUGCCGCCGGCGAGUCAUUGCCGCCUCCCCAAGACGCGUACGACCUCGUCAUCGCCGUCGGCAGCGAACCCUCUGCCCUCGACAAGCUGCACGCGGAUGCGUCUCUGCGCGGCUACAUCGUCAAGGUGCAGGGAGCGAAGUCACUGAUCAGCAUCGCCCCGACCGCCUCCCUCACCACCGCCACCCAGUCCUCCACCCCUACCGAGGUCUACCUCCUCCUCCCCUCCACCCCCUCCGCCGCCGCCGCCGCCGCCGCCGCCGCCGCCGCCCUCACCACCGUCCUCUCCCCCACCACGACCGUCCACCAAACCACCCUCACCGCGUCCGCCGUCGCCCUCCUCGCCGGCAAACACGUCAUCUCCCUCCUCGAACUGCACUCGCCCCUCAUCUACGCCUGGCCCGCCGCCGACUUCGACGCCUUCAAGCAGCUCAUCUCCACCGCGACGCACGUCCUCUGGCUCACCGCCGGCGGCGUCAUCGACGAGUGGUCCGGCGGCGUCGAGUUCGCGCCCGCCCAGGGCCUGCUGCGCGUGCUGCGCAACGAGUACCCGCUCGUCACCCUGCCGCACCUCGACGUCUCGCCCGGCUUCGACGCCGCGACCGACGCCGGCGCGCGCCUCGUCGCCGACGUGUGGCUCAAGUCGUUGCGGGAGUCGGGCGCCGAGAUGGAGUACGCCGAGCGCGACGGCGCCGUGUACGUGCCGCGUGCGAUUGGCAGUGCUGCCUUCGACGCCGAGUUGAGGCGUGCUGAGGGUGUCGUGGAGCCCAUCCCGGCGGCGUUGAGUGCGUCGGGGCCGACGAGGCUGAAGGAGGUCCUGCCCGGUGGUGACUUCCUCUGGGUUGCGGACGAUGAGGCCGGCUCGCCGUUGGCGCCUGACGAGGUCGAGGUUCUCGUCGAGGCGGCGGCGCUCUCCCCGCUUGGUGGGGAGGAGGCGGAGAAGAAGGACCUGCCGGCGCUGGCCAAGGAGGCUGCCGGCGUGGUGGCGAGACUUGGAGAGCAGGUGACCAAGGUGGCGGUCGGACAGCGCGUUGCUGUCGCCCAGAACGGCGGGUGUCUGAGGACGCAUGUCCGCCAGAAAGAGUCGCUUGUUGCAGCGCUGCCGGAUGGCGUGAGCGCUGAGGAUGCCGCGGCCUUGCCUGGCGUCCUCGUUGCGGCGCAGUACGCGCUGCUGGAGGUUGCCAGACUGGCCAAGGGGCAGACUGUUCUCGUACACACGGCGGCCAGCGCGCUGGGACAAGCUGCCGUUCAGGUGGCGCAGCUGGCUGGCGCCGAUGUCGUCGCCUUGGUGAGUUCGAGGGAAGAACGAGACCUUCUGAUCCAGCGCUACGGCAUCCCAGCGUUCCACAUCUUCGACUCGGCACUGCAGACAUUCGUCACCACCUUGGCCACCGCGCCCGUCGACGUCAUCUUCAGCAGCGCGCCGUCCCCCGCCGUGGAGCCGUCCCUCGACAUCCUCGCCGAGUUCGGCUUCUUCGUCGACCUCGACAGCACGAGCAGGAACCUGGCCCUUCCCGCAUCCAAGCGCAACGCCUCCCUCGUCCGCAUCGACAUGUCCGCCGUCCACCGCGCCAAGCCCGCCACCAUGACCGCCCUCUUCCAACGCACCUUCGACCUCCUCAGCACCGGUCUCAAGCCCAUCCCCCCAACCACCACCACCCCCAUCUCCGCCGCCGGCUCCAAGCUCGCCGACCCCCUUUCCUCCACCGUCCUCACCUUCACCCCCUCCUCAUCCGUCCUCACCCUCCCCCCUCCCCCGCCCCAACUCUCCCUCGACGCCCACGCCACGUACAUCCUCGCCGGCGGCCUCGGCGCCCUGGGUCUCCGCAUCGCCGACAUGAUGAUCGCCCACGGCGCCAAGCACCUCACCUUCCUGUCCCGCAGCGGCGGGCGCAAGAACGAAGCCGACCUCGCAGCAAUGCGAGCACGCGGCGUGCACGUCGAGGCCAUCGCGUGCGACGUCAACGACGGUUCCAAGGUGAAGGCCGUGUUCGACGGCGUGCAGGGCACAGUCGGCGGCGUCGUGCAGUGCGCCAUGGUGCUGCAGGACAGCAUCUUCGACAACAUGGGGUGGGAGAAGUGGAUGGGCGCCUUCGAGCCGAAGACGCGGGGGUCGUGGAACCUGCUCGACGGCCUCAGCGCCGCGACAUCCAAGACGAAGAAGCAGACGAUCACCAACGGCAGCAGCAGCAGCACCCCGCCCCCCUUCUUCAUCCUCCUCUCCUCCAUCACCGGCGUCAUCGGCAACACCGCCCAGGCCAACUACGCCGCCGGCAACACGUUCGAAGACGCCCUCGCCCGCCACGCGCGCCGCCGGCUCGGCGUCGCCGCCACCAGCGUCGACGUCGGCCUCGUCACCGACUCGUCGCACUUCACCGCCGCCGGCGAGUUCGGCGAGCUCGACGGCUACAUCAACCGCUACAGCCACGGCUGGAAGGGGCUCAAGACCACCGUCGAGGAGCUGCUCGUCCUCGCCGCCGCGCUGAUGCGAGACCCCGCGGCGCCCGCUCAGGUGGUCCUCGGCUUGGGCGACGCGCUCGUCCGCAGGCCCGACGCCGGCGGCUUCCAGAACGAUCGCAAGUUCGACCUGCGCGUCGCGCGCGGUGGGGCUGGUGCUGGUGGCGAGGGCGAGGACGGCGGCGCGAGGAAGGCUGGGACGGCGGAGCUGUUGGCCAAGGCGGCGACGCUGGCGGAGGCGACGGCGGCUGUCGAGGAGGACAUCAAGGCGCAGAUUGCGGCGGCGGUGGGCGUGGCCGUCGAUGAGGUCGAUGCCCAGAGGCCGUUGUUCGACUUUGGCGUGGAUUCUCUCAAGGCUGUCGAGAUCCGGAACAGGUCGCUCAAGGAGCUGAAGAGCGACAUCUCCGUCUUUGAGCUGCUGAGUUCGACGCCGUUGGCCGAGUUGGCGGCGAAGAUUGCGACGAGGAGCGGGCUGGUUACCGCCAGUAAAGAAGAUGCUUGA